AUGCGCCGGCGAUUUAAACCUGCCCCGCAGGGGCUGAUGCUCGUCCUGAGGUGUGCAGAGGAAGGAUCGGUGCCCCAGCCCUGGGGGGCUCCCCCAGCCGGAGCUGGCCCUCGGGAGCUGAGAGUCCUUAAGCGCUUAGAAAUGCAAACACGUCUGGCUCGGGUACCUGCUGCUUGCAAGGAAAAGCCGGGUCAGGCCGGGGCUGAGCCCGGGAGCGCCAUGUACGAGCUCAACGAGAGCAGCUUCGACCCCAUCACCUUUGUGCUGACGGGCAUCCCGGGCAUGGAGGAGUCCCACAUCUGGAUCUCCGUGCCCUUCUGCCUGAUGUACCUCACCGCUGUGCUCAGCAACCUGCUGCUCCUCUUCCUCAUCGCCACGGACCGCAGCCUGCACGAGCCCAUGUACCUGUUCCUGGCCAUGCUGGCCCUCUCGGACCUGCUGCUGUCCACCACCACCGUGCCCAAAAUGCUGGCCAUCUUCUGGUUCGGCGCCAGGGAGAUCUCCUUCGACGCCUGCAUCACGCAGAUGUUCUUCACCCACUUCAGCUUCAUCGUGGAGUCCUCAGUGCUGCUGGCCAUGGCCUUCGACCGCUACGUGGCCGUGUGCGCCCCGCUGCGCUACGGGGCCCUGCUGACGCCCUCGGCCAUUGCCAAGGUGGCGGCGGCCGCCGUGGCCCGCGGGCUGUGCAUCAUGUGCCCGCCCAUCUUCCUGCUGAAGCGCCUGCCCUACUGCGGGCACAACGUCAUGCCCCACACCUACUGCGAGCACAUGGGCAUCGCCCGCCUGGCCUGCGCCGACAUCCGUGCCAACGUCUGGUACGGGCUGACCACGGCGCUGCUCUCCUCGGGCCUGGACGUGGUGCUCAUCGCCGCCUCCUACGCGCUCAUCCUCCGCGCCGUGUUCCGCCUGCCCACCCGCGAGGCGCGGCUCAAAACCCUCAGCACCUGCGGCUCCCACCUCUGCGUCAUCCUCAUGUUCUACGUGCCCGCCUUCUUCUCCUUCCUGACCCACCGCUUCGGCCGCCACAUCCCCGGGCAGGUGCACAUCCUGCUGGCCAACCUCUACGUGGUGGUGCCGCCCAUGCUCAACCCCAUCGUCUACGGGGUGAGGACGCGGCAGAUCCGCGAGCGCGUCACCCGCCUGCUCUGCCCCGCGGGGACGGGCUGUGCCUGCCCCGCCUGGGGGGACAGCUGCUGAGCAGGGACAUGGAGGGGGAUAGAACAUAAGUGA